AUGUCCUCUUCCUCCGUCUCGCUGCCCGCCCCACUGGGCGACUAUGCCCAUCUACUCCCGCCCUCUUGGAAAUCCAUCAUCAGCUCUUGGCUGGCCGAAGACACACCUUCGUUUGACUAUGGCGGGUUCGUCGUCGGUGAGAGCGAGCAAGAGGCGAUCUUGUGGGGCAAGUCCGAGGUCAGUUGUUUCUUACCCCAGAGAUCCACUGGACCCAAGCCCUGCAGAUGAGUUUACGGGGAUACUUUGACCUUUACGUACAUCGAUAGGGUAUCCUGGCCGGAGUCCCUUUCGUGACCGAGAUCUUCGCCCAACUGGGAUGCACGUCAGUCCUCGCGAGACCUUUCUCCCCCCCACCUUCCACCCACCUGCCCGCCGCCCUCCAGCCCUCACACCCCUAACACCCCUUCGCCCUCCCCACAGUGUGACAUGGCAUCUAACCGAAGGCACACCCGUUCAACCUACAUCGUCGACUCCCAAGAUCAAAGUCGCGACCGUGACCGGACCGGCAAGAGCUUUGUUGUUGGGGGAGAGGGUCGCGUUGAACACGAUCGCGAGGUGUAGUGGGAUCGCUUGGAAGUAGGUCUUUGUUUCGGGCUGAGAGCACCAAUCGGCGUAUUGAGCUGAUCGGGUUCUCCCUUCACUUUACAGAUCGAGGAAGGUUCUUGUCAAGGCUAGGUCCUUGGGAUUCAAGGGUAUCAUCGCUGGAACGAGAAAGACCACACCAGGUGAGAGAGGGACCCCCACCUUGACCGUUCAGGGUGAGGAACAAUCGAUCCAAAGAGCUGACUCUGCUUUCCACAGGUUUCCGCCUGGUGGAGAAAUAUGGCAUGCUCGUCGGCGGCGUCGAUCCCCAUCGUUACGACCUGUCGAGCAUGGUCAUGCUCAAAGACAACCACAUUUGGUCAAAGGGUAAGGCCCCUCACCCUCCGUACCCCGAACCAGACCCCAAAUUCUAACCACAGCUUCAUUCCCACCUACACAGGUUCCAUAACCCAAGCCGUUCACUCCGCGCGUUCCGUCGCCGGCUUCGCCCUCCGCAUUCACGUCGAAUGUCAAUCCCUUUCCGAAGCGCGCGAAGCCAUCUCCGCCGGAGCCGAUAUCGUCAUGUUGGACAAUUUCACCCCCGAUGAUCUGAACAAGGCUGCGAGGAGUUUGAGGGAGGAUGCGGAGAGCGUUGUUGGGAACGGGAAUGGGGGUGGGGGUAAGAGGUGUUUGGUUGAGGUUAGUGGGGGUUUGACGGAGGAGAAUAUGCAGGAGAGCUUGUGCCCCGGUGAGGUUUUGAAAGCCUUGGUGCCUGGUCGUGUGUUAUAUGGGAGCUGAUUGGGGUCCUGAUGGUUUCAUAGAUGUCGACAUCUUGUCGACGUCGUCGAUCCACCAAGGCACGUCGAUCGUCGAUUUCAGUCUCAAGAUACAACCCAAGACGACGACGACGGCGUAG